CUAGCAUCUCAACAUGCCUCCUUUAGGCAAGAGAUAGAGCAAAUGGAAGUCAGGUACACCCAGCUCAUAGAGAAAUCUGAAGGAAAACACAGCGCAGAUCUCAAAGAAAUAAGCAAAUCAGUGCACAAGACUCUGGAGAUUAUCUCUCUAUUGAGUGGAACUGUGAGCAACACGAUGGAAAUAUAUGCCUCUGACAGUCUACUUCAACUCAAAGAGAUCAACAAAGUCAAAGAGCAAAUAGCGAGUGUCACAAUUAGUCUCCAAAAACAGAUGUCCCUUCUCCAAAUGGACAUCAGAUCAGCCCUAGCAGUAGCUUCUACAAAUCAGGUAGUGACCAAAGACUACUUGAAGAUGAUCAUUGACAAUCAAAAGGAAGCAUACAAGCUGUUCAGACUUAUUGGCGCAAAUUCUGGAAACCGCAAGAUGGAAGUAAUUCUCCAACAACACAGUCCAUCUCCAAUACCACAGCUCCCUAUUGCAGUCAAAGAAGGAGAAGUAUCUUAUAUUCCUUCUCAUCUGAACAUGACAAAUCUAAUCCUUGAAGCACAACAAAGAAAUCCAGAAAACUCAGCACAACAUCUAUCCAGCUCAGGACUGGAUGGAACAGAAUUUAUAGGUACAGUUGUUGACCACUUCUCAAAUGAUGCUCAAUCAGAAGAGAGACGUGAAAAUUUAAGGCGCAUCAAAGAACUGUGUGGGAACAUGAAGGGCAUCAGUGAGGUUGCCGGAUCUUCAAAGCGCAAGAGAAACUGAAGGUUCUUUUCAUCAAAACAGGGGGAAA